UUCUGGGGUACUUAGUUGCGCACAUUUGAAACCACAGCCCAAAUCACAUUGAACUCAACUAAUGAUGAGAAAACAGGUAAUUUAAUCAGGUUUUUAUCUUGGGGAGAUAUUCAUUAUUAUUCUAAUAUCACUGAUCAGUGCAGUUUUUUAACUGCUAACUUUUAGGUUACAUUUUUUCGUGUACCGAAAGAGUGCGGAGGAUAAAAAGAUUUCACGACCUGAUUUUGACAGGAAGUGACUGAGACACAAAGAAGUAGGCACUUGACUGAGCACAAAUUUGUGUUUAAGUUUUUAAGAAUCACAUAAAAUUUUGCAAAUGAAACUACAAGCUACAGUUUUCAACAACAAAGAUGGACCAAGGUUUUGCAGAUUUGCUUGAAGGUGCAUUUUCAGAAAUUAACAUAGAUUUUCAGCAACUUCAAUCAGAUGAAGGCACUAACACAUCUCAAACACAGCUAGUUAUUGAUGAGGACGAAGAUGAUAUGAACGGUGCUAGUAAAUGGCUGACAUCAGAGCAAAGCUUAGUUGAGACUCAUGUUUAUGAACAGGAUACAAAUGAAGAGAGCUCUGAUAGCAGUGACAGUGAGUCAAGUAAUUCAUUUGCCAUCCACCCCGUGUCUACUAUUUGCCUCUCUCAUGAAAUUGAUAGCGAUCCAGUUUUAAACACGAUGAUUACAGAACAACAACUUCACUACAAAGCUGGCGAGUUUACUGCAGAGGAAGAAAACAUGCAAAGUGACUUAGCAGCAGGUGUUUCUGUGCCCAGCAUGAAGGAAGAUGUAAAAUUGCUCACAGAGGAGGAAGAUACAGAGACAUUUAACGUGGAAUAUCAGCAGCAGACAUUGCCUCAAACACCAGAAGAAACGUCUUCCCAGUCAGAAGAAGAUUUACAAGAGAACAAUAUCACAAAAGAACAGUCUUCUCAAUGUGAAUCUGUUGGUAAUGAGGAUGAACCUUUUCUUGCAAUGAGUCCUAAUAUUGCACACAAAUACGAUGUCAGAGAUGAGAUAAAGGAUUUUACAGAGGAAGACCAAGAACAGAUCGAGGAAAGCCUUGCAGAUUAUCCCUCUGAUUUAUCACACAGUGAAACUGAAGAGUCUGCUGAAAAUGUUACACUUCACGAUCACUGCACAGAGAGUGUUACGGAAUUGUCAAAUGCAGAAAGGGUAAACAAAGAUUAUCCUGCCCAGCAUACUAAUUCGGGGAUUAAGGGCCUGGUGGCGGAGAUGAUCUCAGCAGACACUGAUCAGUCUUCACAGAGAGGAAAGUUUAAUGAAGAGGAUGUCCAGGAAUCUUUAACAAAGGAUAAAAACACAGAGACAAUUCAAGACACCAUGAAUGUGGAGGAUACUGAAUAUAUAAGUAAUGUUAACAAUCAAGCAGACUGCAUCAGUGACAGUAGCAGUGAUGAUGAUCAUGGCCCAAACCAGGAAGAAACUAAUUUCAUAUCAUUGGUGGAGCAGGAAGAGGAAAUAAAUUACGUUACACAGCAUAACUACUCAUCAGGGGACAUGGAGAUGAUGGAUAAUAAUAUUGAGCACAUAUGUUCAGAUAUGGGGGACAAGGAAUGCAACAGUCCUGAGAACCAGAAUAUGAGACUUUUAUUAUUUUGUGAUGUUGAGGAAAAAGGCUUCACAAGCACAAACCCCAUUUCAUAUGAUGAAGAAUCAAUGACAGGACCUACAGAGUUACACUGUAGCACAGCAUCAGUCAAAUCAAACACAGACAUAAAAAACUCUGACAAAUCAUCUUCAGAGGCUUUCGACAAUGUAGACAAUGCCAAAAAUUUAAUGAGUGAGGGUUUGUGGUCAGCACUGCUGAUGAAUGAAGACAAUCUGCGCUUGGAUGAAUAUGACUGGGGCUUGACUGGCGAUUCAGUUGAGAUAAAUUCUGGUGAAGGAGAAAACGAAGAGUACACAGAAGAUGCCAUGAAUGAGUUCAGCACUGAUGAUGAUGAUGAUGAUGAUGAGGGGACUGAGCGGGACUGGGAGCAGGAGAAAACAAGAAUUGAGGCAUUUUAUCGAUUCUAUGGUGAGCAGACUGAACCAGAGGAACAAGUGGGCAGAAACCAUAAGGUUACCUUUUGUUUAGAUAAUGAAUCUUCUGAAUAUGAUGAAGAAGAUUCUGACAGCACUGAAGAGGAACUGGAUUCAGAUCUCAACACACCAGACCUCAACACAUUGAAACCAGAGUAUCAGAGUGAGUCAGAUGACCCACUGGAGAAGCCUUAUUAUCCUGAGAGGUCAAGGAAGCAACCAAAGGAACAGCAACCUGUGUGUGCAGCAGUAAAACAGCAUCCGCCAAAGAACAGGUGUUUCGCCAUGCUGAAAUCCACCCUAGCAUUUGUUCUGCUGACAGCAAUAGGUAUCGUUUCAUACUGGUGGGCAACAGAAGAUCUGGAGUGGAGUCACGGACAUGACACCUCAAUGCUAUGAAAACAAUAAGGAUGAAUAGUAUCCACAGAUAUUUAACCUGGUACCUUUUUUGUAUAGGUGUUCAUAAGGAGCAAGAGAUGUUCUCUAAAUGUUAUAUGUGAUUUAUUAAAGUUUGUAAAACAGGCAGCAGACAAAAAUCUAUUUAAAUCUGACCAACUUUAUUUGCUGUAACAUUGCAGACUUCCAACAUGCUCUACAAAAACCCUUUUGAAUAGUACAAAAAGAUCUUUUUUUCGUCUCACCACAAAGUAACAACUCGGGCAUGUUUUUUUUGUCAUCAGUUUGGGCAUCAAGGGAAAGAUUUUAGCUGAAUGCAAGAAUGUUUUUAUAAUUUAUUUCCUCUACUGGCAUAGAAUCCUGUAUUGCCAUUAUCAAUUGAGUCAAAUUCCUCUAAACAUGCCAUGCAUUUAGUGUACUCAUUUAUACUUUAACAAAAAUAUUUUGGGGGUCUUUAAUAAAGCAGUAUGAGUAGUCGUGCCAUUAAAAAAGAGCCAAUAUCUAUCUCAUGUGGAUUGAAGCUGUGAUACGUUUCUUGCUCCUGCACUGCCAAUUCACACCAAUAGCUCUCCAUAGCUUCAUCUUCUUUAAAGAUUUACAUAUAUGUUCAAGCUAAUAAUGUUGCUUUUGCCUCAUGUGGAAUGUUGGUAUACAUCACAAGCUGCCAAUUAAUGCCUACGCCUGUUAACCAUUACAUUUUACAGUUUUUUUAAACAAUAAAUAUCACAAAUGUAGUUGUUAAUUAAUUAACCUUCGAUGAAAUAUUAACCACAUUGGAAUUUCCAAAGGCAUGGUGAUGCUUAUGGACUCUCAAGUUAAUGAUUAUAAUAAACAUUUAAUUGAAUGUAAAAUGUAAACAUUUGUAUUGUAAAAACUCCUGUAAAUGUAUCAAUAAAAAUAAAGUUCAUGCUAAGUUUAUAAAUAUAUUGCAGAUGGAAGUAAAAAUGUGUAAAUGUAAAUCGUGCUCAGAAGUGCUCUCUCUGCAUCUUUGGUUGGGGUCAUCUUUUGUUGUUGUUGUUGUUGUUUUAUUUUCUUUUUUGUUUAAAAGCAACAGUUUCCAUUAAAUAUGUCACACAAUUUCAUACAUUGCUGUUAUGUAUGUUUAUCAUUACAGUCCCUUAUGUUUUUCUAUAAAAGAAAUAAAAAAUAAAUUAAAUAAGAGCAAAA